ACAAACAGUGUCGAUUUUUGAACCGUUGAGCAAUCAAAAAACAAAGACUAGACCACGGACGACGAGUGCCAGCGGAAGAGGCAAAACGGGCUAACCGAGAGUGAAAUAAUGCACAGAUCGCGGUCGGUGCUAACAACAAUGUGGAGAAGUAUCGAAGCGUAAAAAUCGAAGGCGGCCGCCAGCCAUCAUCACCCCACCACGGAGCACCCAACAACAGCAACAGCAACAGCAGCAGGAGCAACAAACAACAACAACAUAUACAGCGACCACAGAAAUACACACAAAAGAGAAAUCAUAAUAAAAGACAGCUGACUAAUUGCUCUGGACCCUGCCAAUAAGAGUUGACGAAUGCGGAGGAGUUCCCGAAGGUGCCGGCGGAGCUGAGGAGCUGAGCAACAGGACGUGGAUUAGCGGAGCCACCAAUAGCAAUAUACGGGAGAAACGGAACAAGCUUAAAUAUAUAGAAGAGAACACCGCCCCAGCCUUAGAUAACUGACAACGAGGAGAGUGCAUCCACAAUCAAGAUUAUCAUCUUCAGUCUUUGCCCCCCCCAAAUCUCUCUACAAGCAACACAAUGUCCUCGCCCAGUGCUGGAAAGCGUCGCAUGGACAACGAUGUGAUCAAGCUGAUCGAGUCCAAGCACGAGGUAACCAUCCUCGGCGGCCUGAACGAGUUCCAUGUGAAGUUCUUCGGCCCCACAGAGACGCCCUACGAGGGCGGUGUAUGGAAGGUGCGCGUCUACCUGCCCGACAACUAUCCGUUCAAGUCACCGAGCAUCGGAUUCGUGAACAAGAUCUACCAUCCGAACAUUGACGAGUCCUCCGGCACCGUCUGCCUCGAUGUCAUCAAUCAGGCCUGGACGGCGCUGUACGAUCUCUCCAACAUCUUUGAAUCGUUCUUGCCGCAGCUGCUUACCUACCCGAAUCCGGUGGAUCCGCUCAAUCGUGACGCGGCCGCACUGUACCUGCACGAGCCGGAGGAGUACCAUCGCAAGGUGGCCGACUAUGUGCAGCGAUAUGCCACCGAGGAUGCGCUGCGGGCGGCGCAGCAGGAGCGCGAGAGCAGCGACAGCGAGUCCAGCAUGUCGGACUAUAGCGAGGACGAGGCCAGGGACAUGGAGUUAUAAUAUCGGUUGGAUCCCACGACGACAGAGUUACCGCUAAAGCUAACGCUGACUACAGCCUAAGAAUGUGCGACAACAACAACAACAGCAACAAGCAACAAUAUAUAUAUACAUAAACACACACACACACACACCCAUAUAUAUAUAUAUAUUGACUUAUAUAUAUAUAUAUAUAUGGUAAUUGGAUUUUAAGAUAUAAAGUGAUUGGAUGAUGGCGUGUGGAUCUGCGCACCCACGCACAUACAUAUAAAUAUAUACAUUUGCAUAUAUAUAUAUAUAUAUACACAUAUAUGUAUAUGUGUCUACUAAGUUAAGCGAAAAAAACAAGAUUUGAAAACUCUUAGUUUAGCCAUCAGUAGCUGAUAACGGAAGGAGAGAAUAACAAAAGCUCUUGAGAGAAAGAGUGAGCUGGAGAGAGGACGAAGAUCGGUGAAGACCCGAGAGGAGAACAAAAUGGAAACAAAAAACAGAAAACAGAAUAGAAACAGUAAUAGUAACAGUAACAGUAACAGUAACGUAACCGGAAACGGAAACAGAAACAGAAAACAGAAAACCGAAAGUUAAAAUAGAUGCAAACGCAAUUAAUUAAAUAUAGAAUGGUUCUAGAAAACAAAAACAAAAAAAAAAAUAAGUAAAAAGUGCACAAGCACAUGCAAUAUAUGUAUGACGUGCGAUCGUAUAACAAAAUCGUAUUGCUUUUGGCCUUGAUCUGGCAUUAAACAGACGUCGAUGCCCGUUCUUUAGAGUUAAAAAAAAAAAAGUUAAGAAAUAAAAAAAUGUAUCUUUACAAGACACACUCAGACACACACACAAAACACCAACAAGUACCACCACAGCAAAAUGAAACCCAGUUUUUUUUAUCGAGAUCAUCGAGUUUUCUAUUUUGUUCUCCCCGAAAACUUACGAUAAAUGAAUCCAAUUUAUUUCGCAUCCAAGAAAGUUAUAAUAUUAGAAAGUCUAACUGCAGUAUAGUAAAGCGCCCAUCUGACGAUCGAAACUAAAUAUAACUAAUAUUUAAAGAGAAAAGUUAAAAGUAAAA